AUGCUUUGGAGAGGGUGCACACCACGAGAAGGACAAGGACGCUUUGGAGAGGGUGCACACCACGAGAAGGAUAACGACGCUUUGGAGAGGGUGCACACCACGAGAAGGAUAACGACGCUUUGGAGAGGGUGCACACCACGAGAAGGACAAGGACGCUUUGGAACGGGUGCACACCACGAGAAGGACAAGGAUGCUUUGGAGAGGGUGCACACCACGAGAAGGAUAACGACGCUUUGGAGAGGGUGCACACCACGAGAAGGACAAGGACGCUUUGGAACGGGUGCACACCACGAGAAGGACAAGGAUGCUUUGGAGAGGGUGCACACCACGAGAAGGACAAGGACGCUUUGGAGAGGGUGCACACCACGAGAAGGACAAGGACGCUUUGGAGAGGAAGGCCUUAGAAGGGAUGGCACAGUGCUGGGGAAAGAUGCCAGACAUGUGUUCAGUGUGGCAAUGGGAGAACAUUUAGGAGAUAGUGACCACAAUGUGGUAUGGUUCAAAUUUGUUUUGGACAAGGAAAAAGGUGGUUUGCAAAAGAUGGCUUUGAAUUGGGAGAAGGCAGAUGUUAUUAAAAUGAAGAAAGAUCUGGCUAAAGUUGGCUGGGAACAGUUGCUUGCGGUUUUCACUCUGGAAAAGGAGAAUGUAGUUACGGAAUUCAGGAAAAAGGACUGUGAGAAAUUUGCACAGUUUGACAUAGGAAAUGGGAAGGGUCUGCAGUUCAAUACCAGCCCCCAGUCUACUCUAUCACCAUAUUCUGCUGCAUGUUCCGAUCACUGGGAGCAGCCGAUUUUCAGUGCACGGGCCCACGUUUUCCAGAUCGACCCAGCAACCAAACGGAACUGGAUUCCAGCUAGCAAGCAUGCUGUUACCGUCUCUUUCUUCUACGACAGUACACGCAAUGUUUAUCGGAUCAUUAGUGUCGGUGGAACUAAGGCAAUUAUCAACAGCACCAUAACCCCUAACAUGUCAUUCACCAAAACCUCGCAAAAAUUUGGCCAAUGGGCCGAUAGUCGUGCCAACACCGUUUAUGGUCUGGGCUUCAACUCAGAGCAGCAGCUUUCACAGUUUGCAGAAAGGUUUCAAGAGGUUAAAGAAGCUGCACGAUUAACAAGAGAGAAAUCCCAGGAUAAAACUGAAUUAACAAACCCAGCACUGGAUAUUGCAGCUCCACAGGAAUUGUCAGGAGAUCUUCAUUCACCUCCAUUGCAACCAGCCAGUGUAAAUGGGAGCAGCGGUCCCAAACUGUACCACUCAGAGAGCUGUGAUGGGGAGAUGAUGCUGGACAGUGCUCGUCUUAAGACUCUCUUCGCCCAGGGCUCUAUCGGGGAGUCACAGUGGGAGUUGGAGCUGUUUGCACUGCAGGAGAGCAACGCGAAGCUGGUUCAGGCACUGCACGAAUCAAACGUCACCGUUGAGCAAUGGAAAAAACAGCUGUCAGCUUAUAAAGAGGAGACAGAAAAACUGCGAGACCGGGUUAUUGAGCUUGAGUCACAAGGUGAGGCGGUUGUAACAGUUGCAACUCAAAACACCGACCUUAGCCAAUCAGUGGAGGAACUCGAGACGCUGUUAAAGGAAAAGGAGGAGGAGAUCCAGAUGUUGAGAAGCCAAAAGUGUGAUGUGACUGAUUUAGAAAGUGACCGGGAGGAGGCCCUGCUCAGACUGCAGGAAGUUGAGAAUCGGAAUGCUGAUCUGGAGCAGCAGCUACAGGAUGUGGAGCAGACACUGGUUGACUGUGUGAAUGAUCGAGAGAGGAUUCAGUGCGAUGCACGGAAGCUUCUGGAUAUCCUCGACGUCAAGCUUUAUGAAUUGAACGAUUUGCGACAUGGUUUAGCUAAAAUUGCUGAGAAGGAGGAUAAGUCUUGAAACGUACAACUGGCCUGAGAGCGGCGCAUCAAUUGUUUCACUUUAAUGUCCGUUGUUCCUCAUUCUCAGUAGUCUCUUCAACAUCAUCAAUCACUGAUCCCCAUUCCCGUCACACUAUUUUACAUUCACUUCUGCUUCACCACUCAGAUGAGGUCACAGAAUCUGAGCAGCAAUAGCACUGACCUCUCAGGUAUUUCUGUGAAUCAGCAUUUCACCGCCAAGUCCAGAAGGUGCAAAUCCAAAGCUGCAGUUUAUCUCUGUGACAGUUCACCCUUGGUUUCCAAUCAACUAACUCUUCAAUGGUUUUUUUGCUCGUAUCAAUAACCCUGAAAUUCUUUUUCUGUUUCUCUAAAUCUACUUUCACAUUUAUAACUGAAUGAGCUCACACUGCCCAUUCAGUCCGUGAGCACAUGGCCGAAUUUCAUUUUCAGAAGACACUUUGUUCAAGAGGACACAAACUGAACAUAAUAAAACAAACCAGUCAGCAAGACCCACAUUUUUUGCUGUAACAUAGUGAUAUGCCUCCCACCACCCCCAGCUCUAUAACACUCUGAUAUAUCCCACAUUCCUCAGUCUAACACUCUGAAAUACUUCACACCCUUCACAGUAGCACUGAUAUAACCCACACGCCUCACUAUAACACUCCAAAUGUACCUGACACCCUUCACUUUAACACUCUAAUAUAGCCCAUGCCCCUCACUGGAACAGGCUGAUCUAUUCCACAGCUCUCACUGGAACACUAAUAAUAUGCCUCGCUGUAACACUGAUAUACACCACACCCUUCACUGGCACACUCUGAUAUAUCCCACACCCUUCUCACACAUUUGACACUAAAUGUUGGGCCAGAAUUUCAACAUCAAGUUGGUUUGUGGGAGCUGGGAAUUUAAAGUAUACAUAAGGAUGGAUUUCUCAUUUCUGGUGAGCAGAUGAUGAUUGCAGUCAGGCAGUGUGCUCUUGGAGAAAGUUCAGGGGCAGCCACAGGGUCUGCCAGCUGCUUAGAAGGCCUGUCAUACUGUUCUGGAGCUGUGUUUCAGUCACCAUAAUGACAGAAAACCCUUCAUGUUCCCUCUCCAGCUCUUCCUCUCCAUGAAUUCCCUAUCACAGCUCAGGCCCCCUUCCCACCCCCAUAGCCCAAUAUGCUGCUUAAUGCCAAGAUACAAUACCUCAAACAAACCAUGACUUUUUAUAACCCUGUGCCAGGCUAUGGCACUUCAAUGCCCAUUUACCCACUAUAUAGAAGCACUGAAGGUUGGAUGUGUAAAAACUGCUUCUAGAAAAGUCAUUUGUUGAUGUUUAAGAAGUUCUCCAUAUUACAGCCAAUAAACAUGUCACACAAAUUUAAGAAAUGGGAUUAAGAGCAAGGUCAUUUUGUCCCACAAACCUGCUCCAAUAUUCAAUACGAUCAUGGCUGAUUUGGUUAUUUCACAAUCCCACCAGCCUCAAUAACUUUUCACCCCAUUGCAUGUCAAGGAUCCUCUGCCUUAAAAAUGUUCAGAGGCUGCUUCCACUGCUUUUUGAGGAAAAUUGAAGGCUUCAAGGUAACAUGGAUAAGUUGAAUGAGUGGGCACAUAUAUGCCAGAUGCAGUUUAAUGUGGAUAAGUGUAAAGUAAUUCACUUCGGGAGGAAAUACUGAAUGUCAGAAGAUUAUACAUAUAUAGCAGAUUUUAUAUAAUAUUAGGAAAUAUUGAUGUACAAAGGAACUUGGGUGUCCUUGUACAUAAAUCAGCAAAAGCAAGAAUGUAGGUGUAGCAAGUAGUUAACAAGGCAAAUACCAUGCUGAUUUUCAUCGCAAGGGGAUGAGAGUACAGGAGCAAGGAAGUAAGUCUUAUUGCAGAUGUACCAGCUUUGGUGAGACCACACCUGUCGUAUUUUACGUUGUUUUGGUCUCUUUACCAAAGUAAAGACAUACUUGCUCCAGAGGAAGUUCGGCAAACAUUCACCACCUUAAUUCAUUAUGUCGUAGUUCAUAUGAGAAGAAAGUGCAUUGACUUUAUUUGAUGGAGUGUCGAGGCAUUCUGGUUGAAACACAAAAAAUUCUUAAAUAAGACUGGACAGACUCGGUACAGGGAUGAUGCCCCCCCACCCGCCCCAGGUUUGUGACGGUGUUUGUAGAAUAAUGUGGCACAGUCGCUAUUUCAACUGAGAUGAGAAGAAAUUUCUUCACUCGAGGGUGGUGGUCUUGUGGAAUCCUCUAACACAUAAAGUUGUUGUGGUGAAGUCACUGAAUAUAUUUAAAAAAGAAAUAGUUAGAAUUCUGACACUAAAGGUAUCAAGUGACAUAGUGAGAGACUAAUAGAGUACAAUAGGACAGAGGAUCAGCCAUGACCAUACUGAGUGGUGGAGUGAGUUUGAAGGGCCAAAUGCCGACUACUGUUCGUAUUUUAUAUGUUUCCAAGUUUUCUAAUGUUGACUGACAGUUAACUGUCAAGCUUACAUUGAGUAAUAAACCAAGCAGGUUGAUGCAUCACCUGGAGAUUGAACCAUGAAUAAAUGGUUGCCAACUA